AUGUCGUCGAGCAAUGCCGUAGACGUCGAAGUCCUAGGCGCGGAAACCGCUAACUCAGGCUCAGCAUGGGCCUCUACCAGAAAGAAUGAACGUGUUGUUGCGCAGCAAACGUACGCUCAUGAUCCAAAAUACAAGAAAUACGUGCAGCAGGUCGAGAAAUGCCUCAACUCCUUCGAUAAUGUACACGAAUGGGCAGAUUGCAUCGCGUUUCUGAAGCAGCUACUCAAAACGUUUCAAUCGUACAUGCAAUUCAAGGAGAUCCCCAAGAAGCUGAUUGUCGCGAAACGGCUGUCGCAGUGUCUGAACCCGGCCUUGCCUACGGGUGUACAUCAGCGCGCGUUGGAUGUUUACGCACAUAUUCUCGCGGUGUUAGGGUCGGAAGGUUUGAAGCGCGACCUAGCACUCUGGUCAUCUGGCCUCUUCCCCUUCUUUGAAUAUGCGGCUACUUCUGUUAAGCCUACCCUACUGAAUCUAUAUGACACUCAUUACAUGCCUUUACAAGGCGGACUGAGGCCAAUCAUGAAAUCCCUCAUUUUGGCUCUACUCCCAGGUCUUGAAGAGGAGACCGGAGAAUUCUUCGAAAAGGUUUUGGGUCUCCUAGAUAAACUCUCUGGGACAGUCUCACAUUCCUUCUUCUUCCAAAACAUCUGGCUCAUCAUGUUGACGACUCCAUCCGCGAGAGGGACAUCCCUAAAUUUCCUCGGACGCCGCCUACCACGACUGAACGCAGACGAAGACAUUACCGCUAUCGUCGGCCGUGACAUCGGAUUGAUGAUUCGCGCGUUCGCAGCCGCGCUGGAAGAUGAUAAUCUACUUGUGCGGCGCGGCGCAUUGGAUUUAUUGCUGCAGUCUAUGCGUGUGGACAGUGUCGCCGUGCAGCGUGCGCGCGCCGAAGACCGGACUAUAUUGAUGCGAGCUGCUACUGGAGUUGUCUUGCGAAGAGACUUGUCACUGAAUCGACGUCUAUAUACUUGGUUACUGGGGCCGGACGAUAAAAGCGACCAUCAAAUAGAGUAUCUCAAAAAGCACGCUCUGGAGCUCCUCAAGGAUACAUUGAAGGUUCAGAUGUUUGCACCAUCGGCGGAUUACCUGGAGUCGCGGCCAUUUAAGAUUUUCAUCUCGCUGCUGGACAAAUGGGAAGUUGGCGCAGCCCUCACGGAGGUCCUUGUCUACGAUGCAUUCCGUGCGGUGAAGUCGCUAAUACAGGCAGGCGGGGACGCCGGUGAAGACAUGACGAUGACCGCCAGCACGCUGUACGAAGCCGUCGAACCACAGAUUAUAUGGAAGCAUCUUCUGACCCAUGUAUUCGGGGAAUUAACCGGAGAUGGCGCCCAAACGGAGGCCGUUCGGAUGGUUUCGUUUAUCGUUGAGAUAUUUUCGCAAGACGAUGAGAUUCAAAACAUCCACCUUCCGAUCGUCUUCGGUGCGAUUAUGGACGUGCUACUGAUUGAGCUGGAGGCAAACCCGUCAAAAGCGUGUACACCCGCAACUAGCGAGGCUUUGAAGCUCCAGGAGAAGAUCUUGCGACAAAUCCCCCACGUCGCGCUCAUGAAGCGCCCAGAGCUGACGGCUUCUCUACAAGCCGAGACAUUGGUCCAACGGCCAUACCUCUUCGCCUGCUCCUUCUACUCCAUUGCGCCGAAGAGGGAGUGCGAAAAUCCUACCAGAUCCUUCGACAACCCAUUCAUCACCGCUUUUGAGAACCUCACUAUGCUAACAGAGAUUUGCGCACACGACCUACUCAAGGAUGAGAACAGGCUCCAGCAGAUUCGUGAAUGUUUUGCGCAAUUAUUGCUGCUUGUGGACCGAUUGGUGGGGAGGCUGAGUACCACUGUCACAGUAGCUUGGGUGCCGUCGAGGUGGCUAGCCAUUAUUUUGGAGACUCUUGAACAAGAGCCUUCGAGCUUUACUGUGGUCGACAGAGUCGUCUCGUUGGCGGUUGCUCUGCACCAGAUGAAGGGUCUGGAGCCCCGACUAUCUCUUGACCAUCGGGCAACAAUGUCCAAAAUGGUUACCAAACUCCUACGAUAUUUGGGUCCUACAUACACCGCAUACCAUGCCCGAGCAGUAAGCCUGCUCUGGGCCCUUGAAGCUUCAACGACCCGGUCACAUGUCGAAGCGAUCGUCGCGCAGGCGAUGGCAACUACGAAUCCGAGCGACUUGCAGGGUGCAUACGAUGCUUUCGGUGUACUCUGGCGCCUCACAGAGGACCAUCUUCUUCCUGGCUUCAAGUUCAAAGUACCGAUGAUGAUCGUCCUUGACGGCCUAAGAAACGAUGAUCCUAAUGUUCGUCGCAUUGGCGAAACGUGGAUGCGCUGCAGUCUGAAGUCAUAUCAACGGGUCCUAGACUCUCUUCUCUAUGACUUGACGAAUCCGCUAAUACGCCGGGUGCAAACAUCCCACAAGCUUAAAGGCAGGGAGUUGCAAGGUUUCUACUACGAGAAAACGUUCGACCAAAGAUACGUUUCGCAUCUCCUGGAGACGCUACUCUCAGUUGUUCGUUUUGGUGGCCAAGGCUUUGUACGCACUGCCCGUGUCACGCAGAUCAAACGUUCCCUCCAUCCUAGUCUAGCAAAAAGAACAGAAUCAGGGCUAUCUGUCAGUUCUGAGACGCCGUACCUUGACGCUCUGAUGGAACUUCUGCUUCGAUUUAUCCAAUCGGAGCCUAAGGAGGUUCUUGCUGUCGAGAUGUCACCAUUCAAUUCAGUGAUCCAAUCCACCUGCAUCGAUAUACUGCAAACCAUAAUCCCGCGUGGCGAACUUGAUAUGCAGAUCAUCGAGUCGCUUGAAGCCGCCAUUGUUGCUAAGCUGUACUUUCUUGUUCACACGGGCAGGCUGGACAUCCAGAACAAACUUCUGCACCUCUUACACUCCGUUCUUUCAAUUUCAGUUGCUCACAGCAGUGGGAAGCCUCGCAUAGAGGACGAGUCUGGGACACCUGAUCCGGCCCAACCACCCCCAGCCAAGGCGUUCGCUGCCAACGCGCUGCUCGCGCAAACCAUGAUGGAUGGGAUCACUACUGCGACUAAUCGACACGUCCUCCAACAUUGGCUUGAUUUUAUCCUCAUGGCUAUUCCGCAAUUUCAGCCUGCGUUACAAGCGGUCGUGGCUCCCCUCAACGAGUGCAUAUGUAAGCAAUUGCUUGUGUGCUUAGCGGAUGUGCAGAGCGCGGCGUCUGCUGGUGGGACCACUGUAGACGCCUUGUCGAAUUCAAGUGACGCCGAGUUCGUGAUGCUGCUCAAUGGUAUGGAGCGCCUCGUUCUUCUGAGUCUAGCAUAUACCUCCGAGCCUAGCUCCUCCGAGGAUGAUGACAGCGUGAACGAGAAACCGGUGACAGAAGGGACAGGUUUGCUAGGAUAUGUCUCUGGCGUAUUUGGCUCGGACAACAGUCCCACAGCUCCUGAGGAGCAACUGACGGCUCGUUCGCCUGGGUACCGAUCACUCCAUGAAGCCGUGCGUGUCCUGUAUGCUAUGUGGGAGGCAAUGGCGUGGACCCAGCCGACGACACGAUCUUCCAAAGAUGACUCGUUAUCAUUGAUAUUCAACCGCAGUAGACUUCGAUGCCGGCGCGUACUUGAACACUUCUUCCGUGCUCAGUCUGCUGAGGUCUUUGAAUCGAUCAUUGAAUGCUGGAGCAAGCAAUCUACAGCUGCAGCAUUUGAGUUGAUAGAUGCCCUGCUGCCCAGUGCGCAAACGGCUGUGCACAUGGUAUGCGAAAGCAUUUCAAUGCGGAUAUCAGGCGUUACAGAACGGAGUAAAAAGCAGGCGAUUAAUCCUAAUUUAUCGGAUACUAUCCUCUUCCAAUUCUUGGAGCAAUAUAUGCAGCGAUUGGAAGGACCUAUUGCAGUUCAAGUGUGGCCCCGGUUCCUCCAGCUUGCAAAGGAGGUCCUUGGAAGUGCUCGUGACUUCCGCGCUCAAACAUAUCCUACGCUGAGGAGUCUUGUUGUGCUAGCGGAUAAAGUCACGCAAACUGCGGCUAUGGAAGAUAAACGGAUACGAAAGGAUCUUCAGGAUACGUUCAGCAAGUUACUCGACGCGUGUGUAGUGUGGGUUGGUCGCUCUUUCGACCAGGGAUCUUGGAUUCGCCGUACAACUCGAGACGCGUUGGGAACAAACGGCAGAGACUCGCCUGCGCCCCGUGAUGCGAAGACGGAUGAGAAGCUCGAUGCGAGUAUAGCCUCGUUACCUGAGACGCCUCGAUUGACAAUCACGGCGACCGCCGAAGCAGUCAUCCAAAUCACUGAAUACAUUGCAAACGCUGCCUUGCCACACGCUCGAAGACUAUUGGUUGAUAACGACAAGAUAUUAGUUGCUUGCAACAACAUUGCCUACUACAUAAUCAGUCCGGCUAUGAAGGGCAAAAUAAGACCGAUGGACGUAGAUCAGAACAUCGUCAAAAUAGUCUUCGAGAUGUCGAGACUACCCGCGGCCCUCAAAGCCUGGCGACCACCGGUAUCGGAGCUGCUUAAUGAUAAUCGUUUAUUUAAUUGCCAUUCGGACAUCGCUAGCAAAUGGGUGCCAAUCGUGAAAGCUCUCUUCGAUGCGGAUAAAUCAGCGUUAUCGGAACUUCUUGCGAAGGUUGCAACUUCCCCAUCGGCAAAUAUCUUCACCAAUCGGGAAUACGAGAUGUUAGUUCGGUCGCUUAACCUGCGGCGGCUGUCCUUCGUCCUCUACGCUGGGGAUAAGAAUCACUUCCUGACGUCGUUGCCAACCAUCAUCGAGAAACUUGCGGAUAUUCUUCGCAACGUGACAGCCCCGAAUGUCCAAAGCGAAGUCUUCUUAUGCGUUCGCGUCUUACUUUGCCGCCUUUCUGCCCACAACUUGACCAGCUUCUGGCCAGUGGUAUUGACGGAACUGUAUCGCAUAUUCGAGCAGGUCAUGACAUCACUACCUUCGGAUGGCUCGGAGGAGCUUCAGCUCAUCCUCGCAGCAUGCAAGUGCUUGGAUCUCCUGAUAGCUCUUCAGACCGAAGAAUUCCAGAUACAACAAUGGAUAUUCAUCACCGACACGGUAGAUGCGAUAUACCGACCAGAUGAUUACUUCCCAGAAGCCAUGAUGGAUCAGCUGGCUGAUUUAGCAGGCAGCUUGCCUCUUGCGGAUUCUCGAGAGGCCACGAACCGAAAUGGAUCAGCCGAUCCUGAUCUACAACCUCCCACAGCGACGGGGCAAAAGCCAUUGCGACGACCCCUCCUGAACUCACUGCGCCAAAUCGACAGUAUCCGGGAUCUGAUCCCCUUCUUUUCUAGUGUUAGCAUAGCGUCGUAUGAGAGUGUCUAUAACAGUGGUGGAAAUGUGGAUUGGGAAGCAGUCGAGCGAGGGCUGCUGGAUGAUAUGUUUGAUGGUCGGACAUAG